UGAUAUGAUAAAUUGACAGCUGUGUUUUGUCUUUGUACUUAAUGUACAACAUUGUUAUGUUUUUUAUAUCUCCAGCUCGUUAAAAGAUAAAUUUAAAAAUGACUAGACCAUUCGGCAACAGUGAUAAACGUUUCUCAAUCGACGAUGCCUUCGAAGAGGAGACUGAUGAAGCAAUAAAAGUAUACGGUGCAACGGGCGAUAGGUCUCCUUUACAGAAUAAAUUUAAGAAUGGAGGCGAUUUUCUGUCUAGUAAAACUUAUAAAUGCACUGAAGAUACAACAUCAAGGGACUCAGAUUCACUUAUUCACGAAUAUGUAGAAGCCACACAAUCUCUUUACUGCUGGAAUCAUCCAAAAGUGAGAGAAAAUUGGAAAACCGUCUGUGCAGCUGUCAUACUCCUGCUCGUUGGAGUUGGACUCCUUGGCAUGGGCGCAUUUGCUGUUGCCGAACCCGAGAAUGGCCUACAGGGUGCAGUCUUUUUUGUAGCUGGUUUGAUAUGCUUUGUGCCUGGAGCAUAUCAUGUUGUCUACAUAUGGCUUGCUGCUCGAGGACAAAGAGGUUACGACUUUUAUCACUUACCUCUGUUUACUUGAUUCAUUUUAUGUGCAUAAGGAUCCUUUGUCUUAAGUUAAAAAUUAAGCUUAGGAAAAAUGAAUUGAUAAAUUAAUGGAAUUAUUUGCUCUCUAAAUUAUAGCUGCCUGAAACUUGUACAUUAAAAAUUAUUCCUACUUCCACACUUACAUCAUAUGAAAGGCAUAACCUAAAAUUAAAAAAAUUUAAAAUAUAUUUCAUAACAAAAUGAUCUUGAUAAAUGGUAGUAGUAGGUAAUAUAACUCUAAAAAAUAUUGAGUAUAUUUCAAAAAUAAAAAUUCAAAAUUGAGGAUACAAAUAGUAUCACAAUUACAAUAUUUUUUCAAUUACAUAAAAAUAUUUGAUAUAGUGAUUUAAACUAGGAAAUUUCAACAAUAAAUGCCAUUUUGGAAAAUAUUGAUAUUCAUUAAAUAUAUAUAUAUAUAUAUCUUAAUUAUGUUUCAAAACUAUCAAGUGCCUAGUUGUAUUAGUAGAUAAAAUAAAAAUAAUGAUACUAAUCUUAAAAAUAGGCAAGUUUUUUUAAAUGUUUUUUUCUGGAAUCAUGCAAAAACUUCUAACUCAAUUUAUAUGAUUUUUUGUUAAAUAUAUUUUAAGACAUAAUAUGACAGCAUAGUCUGAGAGAAAUUUAUCUAUAUACCAUUUUUCAUGUUAAUGCUACAAAACCUGAAUCAGAUAAUCUGAUAAUUUGUGUGGGAGAAUUUAUUCAUGAUAUUUUAUUUUCUGCCAUAAUGCUAUUUUAUACUUUUGCAAUUAGAAUGUGUAUUUUUUAUAAUAUUACAAUUGUAAUAUAAUACUUGGUCAAAUCUGGUUUUUAAAACAAAGUCAUGGGGUUUAAACUUAAACUCAUGGGAAAUUUGAAUGUGUAGCUAGUAUUUAAAUAAUAUUGUUUUAGGCAACUGGCAUAAUAACUUAUAAAACAUUAGGCACAUUUAUUAUCUGUGCAAAUCGUCCAAUAUUUUACAAUAGUUUUUUUAUUUAUUGAAAGUUUUAUGAGAUGUCCAUUAAAAAAACAUAAAAAUAGUUUAUUGAUCUCUUCUAUUAUUAUUUUAAUUUUUAAGUAACCUUAAGGUAUAUUUGCCGAAAUUUCAAACAAUCAUUUUUUUAUAUUUACAAAUAGUAAAUUAAUUGAUUGACCUUAUUUCAACUAAAAUUUAAAAUUGCGGCAUUUAUCAGAGUAAUCACUUUAUUUCAUAGACAAACCAAGUGUGAUUUACAAUUUUUUUAUCUACUUUUUAUUAAAUGAACUCAUCUUUAAAUUACAAUGAAUAUUAUUUUUAAAUAAUUAUAAUGUUAAAUUAAAUUAUAAUAAUUAAAUUAACGUCAAUAUAUAAAAUAUUACUUUAUUAAAGUUAUAAUUUUCGAUUGUAUGACAAAACAUGGAAAAACCUGAAAAAAAUGGAAUUAAAAUUAUGUUUUAAAGAAUCUGAUAAUAUUAUAUACAUAAAAAAAAAAUGUACAUAUUAAUGAAAUUUUAAAAAUCAAUUAUAUUCAGACAAAAUAAAGGGUUACACUUUAAUUUUGAUUGUAAAAAUAUGUACAAUUUCAUUCUACUUUCAAAUAUACAUUUUAUAAAUUUGAAGUCUGUGGGCCCCUGCAAUUACAGGCAAAAUGGCUAAAAUAAUUAAUUAGAUCUGGAUAUUGACUAUAUAAGGAUAGAUUACAUUAGACUUCUCACAUUACCAAUGUCUUUAGGUAGAGAUCAUCAACAGACAAUACAACAAAUAAUAAUAAAAAAAUAAUAUAAAAUUAGGAAAAAAAGAGAUUGGAUUCAAAUAAGAAAAUUAAAAUCAGAGUAACUAAAGUAUUCACUAUGGUUUGUAUUUAUGUACAAAUGCUUUUACUAUUGGUACAAGAGGUUUUAUGUUAAUUUACAGUAGGGAAUAAUAAAGUUUUAUGAAUAUAAUAUUGAUAUCUUUCCCAUUGCUGUGUAUAUGAUAGGUAUUAAUUUAUUAAUAAAAAAGUACUUUGCCCUCUUGACAUUUGAAAUUAAUUUUUUACAGCCUUAAGCACUAACAGAAGUAUUGAAUUGAAUUUGUUGAUUAAGAAACAAAAGAAUUAUUCUUAUGCUUUUGUAUAAAUUUUAUUAAAAGAUUAUGUAUGUAAUUUAAAAUGUGUGCUACCACCAUCACUUAUUUCUAUUUGUGUAUAAAUGCAUAAAAUAAU